UGCUGUGCUGUCGUUUGCAUUCUAGACGCAACAGGCGGACCACAGGGUGCGCGUGCUGUAGUCCGGUUCAGUUCACACAUAAAUUCCAAAGAAGCACAGCAUUUGGACAGUGUGUCACCAUUUCUAGUGGAUUGUUCUUUACCAAGUGGAGAGGACAUAUUUCUACAGCUUUCUUCAAGUGUUUUUAAAUUACAUUUUUAUGCGUCACGUACUUCACGGAAAAUUAGACGCGAAUAGUCAUCGUGAAACCCUCAGCGUCUUCCUAAUUAUAACACGAGCUCGCGGUCAGUAACUGUAUCUCGUGGGUCAAAGGCGCGCGCUAUGCAGACCCAGCCUCGCGCCCCGACUGGCCUCUGACAACUUCCCUGCGUCCCCCGGAGGAGCAGAAAAACGCACGAAACUUCAGCUUUCCAAGGUUCCUGAGCAAUGCCUGUCCCUCCUCCUCCACCUCCCCCAGCUCCACCACCCCCACCUCCACCUCCUGCAGCUCCUGCACCUCCUGCACAAUCACGGACAGACCCUCCUAAAAUACAGCGUUCUGAGGGUGGAGGUCGCAGUGCGCUCCUGUCUGACAUUCAGAAGGGGACGAGGCUGAAAAAGGUCACACAGGUCAAUGACCGAAGCACACCAUUCCUUGACACACCCCCUCCUCCUCAAACGGCCAAACCCACUUGGUUACCCGUCCAAUCACACUCCAUUCCCAUGCCUACGUCUCCGCCUCCUCCACUGCCUCCCUCGGUUCCUGCAAUCUCACUUCCUGACAGAUCGUCUGGGGUCUUCUACCCUCCGCCCCCUCCACCGCCUCCAUCAUUCCCUCUGUCCUCGCUCCCUGACAGACCAUCUGGGGUCUUCUACCCUCCGCCCCCUCCACCGCCUCCAUCAUUUUCUCUGUCCUCGCUCCCUGACAGGUCAUCUGGAGUCUUCUAUCCUCCACCCCCUCCACCUCCUCCAUCAGUCCCUCCAUCCUCUUUCCCUGAUAGGUCAUUUGGGGUCUUCUACCCUCCACCACCUCCGUCCUCACUCUCUAACAGAUCAUCUGGAGUCUUCUUCCCUCGGCCCCCUUCUCCGGGGCCAUUAGAAAUGAAGGACAGUUCUUUAGGGCCUCCUCCCCCACCUCCUCCUCCUCUUCCUGCUUCGUUUGCAUGCAGUCACCCCUCCUCAGCAACGCCUCCGCUACCUCAGAAAGUACCUCCCAUGCCUUCACCCACAUACAGGCCCAGCGUACCACCUUUGCCACCGUCUUACCCCUGUACUGCCCCCAGUAGACGACCUCCUGCAGUGCCACGUUUUGCAGGUGCUCCACGGAUGGCUCCACCCCCUGCUCCCCCUGCUCGGUCUCCUAACACUGAACUCUCCAGUAGGAUCCCACCCCCUCCUCCUCUCCCACUGUCAGCUCCGCCCAGCUCAGUACGCAACGGACACCUGCACAGCUUAGAUGACUUUGAAUCGAAGUUUCACUUCCAUCCUAUUGAGGACUUCCCCCCUCCUGAAGAGUUCAGGCCCUUCCCACGUACCUACCCCAGCAAAGAGAACAGAGGUACAACAACCUCUUUACAGGCUUGA